UAAAGUGAUAAUUGCAAAGAUGGCGACCAGUUCUGAAGGGAAGAUACUCCAGCACACUCGCCACGGUCUCCGUAUGGUUGGUAAGAAGGCCUCCUUCUUCGACCUCCCUGAGCCCAUAUGGCAUCCGGACGAAAAGAGUGCCGUUUGUGAUAAUUGUAAAAACAAGUUUACUAUUACUCACAGAAGACAUCAUUGUCGGAGAUGCGGUAGUGUGAUAUGCAGCGAUUGCUCAGAGAAGCAGACUCUAAGAAGGAUGGGUUUCGUUGAUCCAGUCCUAGUCUGCUUGCACUGUGCACGACUGUGUCAAGGGGAGGAAGAGUUCUACAAGCAUCAUUUGAAAAUACUAGAAAAUGGUGCAUAUUUUGAACUAUCUGAUGCUGACGGCAUACAUAAUUGCAAGCUCAGUAGCGAUCAUUUUCAAAUUAUUGUCACUGGGGGGAGUGGCUCUCACCCUUCAUUGCUCAUGUCCUCUAUAAUGGAAAUUAAAUCCAUCACUGGCCAUGCCCCUGACGGUACACCUACAAAUAAGUUGAAUGGUCUAAAGUUGACGUAUAGAAGUGACACUGAAGAUGGGGAAGAGAUAGACGUUACUCUCUCCCCCUCUCCAUCUCACUCCCGCAAGCAGUCCAUCGAUUGGCUUAAAGGACUGAAAAAGGGGCUGAUGAUCAUUCAUGCUAGAGAGAGGGGCAAUUCGUGUCUUGUAGAGUCAAAUUAAAAAUUAAAAGAGAUUAUAUUAUUAUUGUUGUUAUUUUUGUUAUUGUUAUUGUUAUAGCUUCCUUCAGAAUAUAUUUUUGUGCUUUGUUAUGUUAAGAGAAAUGUCCUUAAUGUUCUUUUUAAUGUUUUUUUUGUGCAGUAAAAAUUCUGCAAUAAAUUAAA